UUGUUAUCUUCAUCCUUAUUUGCGUCGAUAUUAACAUUUGAUUUUGUUUUAAUUACUUUUAAUUAGCGAUUUCCUCAAAUAGAAACUAAUCAGUGGAGUUGUUAUUCUGUUAAAUAAUUAAAAUCUCCCCACCACCCAACCUCCCACUCCUUGUUUUCUUAUCAUUCGUGUUUCUUGUUAUUAUUUUUAUCUCGAGGCAGAAAAACAUGAAUAUCUGAUUGAUUCUAUUUCUUUCAUCGAUUAUUGCUAAUUAUUCAUCUUCCAUAUUUCAAUCAGUUGAUUGUCUUUUCCAUUUUCAUCUUUAAUUUAAAGUUUCUCCUUCAAUAAAAGUGAUUAAAAUUCAUGAGGUGAAUCCAAUUAUCUAGUUAAUUGACUUUAAUUGUGUGAAUUAUUGGUUAAAGGUGAAUAAGUGAUAAAGAGACAAACCCUAAGACUAAUUGUUGGAUAAAAGAAAAGAAAAGAAAAAUCAAUGAAUCAACAAUUAAGGAACACGUUCCAUCAUCAAGAAGAUCAAUUUUUGCUUCUCAUAUUUGAACCUUUUUCUUCCUGAAUCCUUAUUGCCAACAAUUUAAUAAUCAUAAAAACGAGUUUCAUUCAAUGAUUAACAAUUGAUCCGUUAUGUGUAUUGGAGGCUAAUUGGUUAAACUUGAUAAAUAAUCGGGUUUAAGUUCCUAGGUUAAUGUUAAAUGUUGAUAACUAAAAGUUAACCAACAAGAUGAUUUUAAAUGAAACCAGGGAUGUGAUGAUGAUGAAAAGGACUUCAAGCCCAAAGGCAUCGGUUUCAUCCUCAUCCUCAUCUUCAUCAUCUCCAUUCUCAUGCUCUCUAUCAUCCUCAGUCUCUUCCCCAUCUUCAUCUCCCUCAUCAAGAUCAUCAAUUGAUAAACAUGAGACUAGAUCAGAUAGUUGUUUAGUUCAAUUGGUUAAACCAUCAAAUCAACUAAAUAAGAUAGAACAAUUUUCCCGGAAAUUAUAUGAGUUUGAUUCAAAGUUAAACGGCUUCAAGCCGAGGAGUGGUCAGUUUCAUUUAACUAAUUCAACAACAACAACAACAACAACAACUUCAACCCGUUUCACAACAACAUCAAGAUCAACAACCGGUCUCAGUUUGAUUCGGUCAUCGUUACCAAAUUAUAUCUCACAUUUAACUGACCCUGAGCUUGAAACACAUCAUGAAAUAGACUCCGGCAACAGGAAUAAAAGUUACUAUUGUGAAAAGAAUGAUAAAAAUUAUCAAGAUAAUAACAGUAAUAAAACCGAUGAUUCAGAUUAUUGGAGAAAGCGUUUGAAAAAUCAACAGGAUGGAAAACACUGCGAAGGAUCAACACCAGUGAUCAAUAAGCCUUCAUUGACACUCAGUUCGAUUUCAAGACGAACAUUACCUCGAACUUUCAAUUCUUCGUCAUCUUUAUCAUCUUCUUCUUCAUUAUCAUCACGGUCAUCAACAUCAACAUCAAAAUCUCUCCAAUCAUCACCGAUUGACAGUAAUCUUGGUUCAUCGGACUUUAAUUGUUUAUCAUAUUCAUCUCCAUCAUCUCCAUCAUCCUCACCAUCAGUAAUAUCUGCAUCUUCUGGAUUCGUGAGCUCACCAACAUCACCAAGAAUCAUGAAAUCUUCAAGUCAUUUAGUUUCUUCAAGAUUUAAAAGUGAAACUAAUAACAGUACUAAUCAGGAUUCCAAUGGCUCAUCUUUAGUUUCUCAAGAUUGUGUAGAUUAUGUUUCGACUCCCCAAGAACCACCACGUCCUCGGAUUACUCGUUUUACGAAAUCAAAUCGAUCAUCAAAGGAAAUCAAUCACAUUUCAAAUGGUUCAUCUUCCAAUACAAUCAAACCAACAAGAUCUUAUUCACGUUUAAAUAGUUUACCUUGUAAUCAGUAUAAAAGUGAUUAUGAUAAUAGUGAUGGUCAACAAUCAAAACAAACUUGUCGCAAUUAUCUAAGAGCUUUAUCAAUACCUAGUGGAUUAAAUGGCGAUUCUUUAAAUUGUUCUAAUCGGUCUAAUUCAACAUCAGAUUCACGUGAAUCUCUAGAAACCAGUAAUUGCAAUCAACGAAUUGUUGGUAGUCUUCUCAAUUCGCCUAAAUGGUCAAUGAUAAAGGAAAAGUUUGAAAAAUGUGAUGGUCAAGAUGAGAAUAAAGAGAAACCUGAAAUUGUGACUUACUCUUCUCCUCAACUUCGACGUAAAACUUAUCCAACCUCCUCUUCCAGUUUAACACCUUCAUUGUCAUUGAGCAAUUUAACUCUAUUAACGUGUAAUCAUUUCAACAGAGUUCGUGCAACAUCAUUAACACCAAAAAUCUCAACAAUGGUCAAUAAAAAGUGUUCAUUACAAUCAGAUAAUCCUAAUCGGUGCUCAUCCACUUCAUUAAACUCAUCAAAUUCAUCGUCUUCUACUCUAACUGAUAAACAUGUUAAAUGUAAUCGCUUCUCAUCAUCUGGUCGAUUAACAUUAACAGAAGCAACUUCACAUUCAUCAUCAUCAUCAUUGUCUCCAUAUUCAUCACCAUCGUCACCCUCCUACUCUCUUGAUAACCAUGGUAAUUAUCCGAUGGAAAAGAAAUGUAAUUCUGGUAAGAUCAAUAUGGAACAAGGGUCUAGAAUGAAAAGUAAUUCUCGAAUCGCUCAAAUUGCUUCUAAAUUUGAUGCAAAUGUUAAUCAAAAUUCAUCGGCUGUCGAUUCUGUUAACUGUGGCCUAAUAGAUGAAGAGAAACCUUGGAAAAGUAAAAGUGACCUUCGUGAAUCCAAUAGGAUGAUCUCUACCUCAUCAUCAUCUACCUCAUCCAUUUCAUUGUUGACUGUGCAUAAAAACUCAUCUGACCAAUUGAAACAAUCAAAUGUCUCCACAAUUUCAAGAGCAACUAAUUACUUGGCAUCGUCUUCAAAUUCACUGUCCAGUUCAAUCAGCGGGAGGUCAGAAAAUGUUGAUGAGACUCACGAAGAGAAUGAAGAAAAAGUUGUAUCAGUUAAGGAAACAAUUCUGCGUCUUGAAUGUAUUAAAUCACCAAAAGGAGAUAAUAUUCACCAAUCAACAAGCAAAAUUAAUCGAUCAACGUCAGAUCAACAAUCAAGUAAACCAGUAAUUACCUCGAGAAGGAAAACUUUGCCUGGGGUAACAUUUUCCAACAAUGAAACAAAUACGAUUAAUUUUACCGAUGAGAGAACACAAAUUAACGAUGAUAAUUGUACUCAUCAUUGUACACCAGUUAAUUGUUCAACCAAAGAAUCAGGUAAAUCUGUUAAAGCUCCUUUACCAGCACCGAGAAACAUUUCAAAUAAUCAAAAGAAUUCAAAUUCGGUUAAAUUAUCAUCAUCAACUUUUCUUUCAUCAUCAAUUUCACAUCAGCAAUUACCAAAAGACUCUCGAUUAUCAUCAUCAUCAUCGUCAACAUCAUCUUCAACCUUCACUCAAUCUCUUCUCGCUGAAGAUAUCAAAAAGACGCCAAGUUUUCUGUGGAGCAAUAAUCCUAAUCCUAAUCCGAAUCAUUAUAAUAAUCGUCUAAGAGGAACCAGUUGUUCACUUUCGUCUUCCCUCACCAAUGUGAAAGAAUCAAGUAAGAAACAAGAAGUUUCAUCUCGCCAGUUUAACCAGAGUGUAAACAACAUCAACUUGAGUGGAAACAACAACAACAACAUAGAGGAACCAAUUUAUGAGCCUGUUAGCUAUUCGCCGACACCAACAAUAAGCAGCAGUAAUUUUGGUGUUUCUCUUGGCAAAAACAGUCAAUCGACCAAUACAAUUUCGUCUUAUCGUGAUACCCGAUCUGUUUUCCAUGAUUAUGAUGACAGUAUUUCGGUGAACAGUGAAAACUCAUCUCUCUCUUAUAGUGACUCUGGUUCUUAUUCAUCUGGUGUUCAUGAACCAUCAACACUUUCAUCAUCAUCAUCAUCAAACCGAUCAAACAGAACCACUCCCGGCUUUUCAUCCAUUUUACCACCUCCUUUACCACCUCGUUGGACA